CUGGAAUUGUAUAUUUAUAUAAUGUACAGAUAGAGGGAGCUUCCAUUCAUAAAUGUAAGAAGCCUCCCAGGUAUACUUAGAAUGAUAUGGUGAUUAUUACAUUUUAUGCAAUUAAUUACCAGAAAGAAAUAUUUUGAAAUGGUCGUUAUUAAAAAACACAAUGGUUAUAGAACCUGAGUUGAAGACAUCUUGGCCGCAUGAACAAGGUUAAACGCGUUAAGACUGUUAUAUUGGACACAUGCUUUUACAAUGUGGCUGAAAGUAAAUUUUCACAAGCAAGUUGCAUUUCCUUUGCAUAGGAAAUAGAAAAAGUGGAACGGCAUAGGGAAGAGCUUUAUUUUUUAAGCUGUUGCUUUGGCUUCAAGACCCUGAUAGCGUUUCUCGCUUUAUGCUCUUUCCUUACUCAAUGCGCUGGGACAGAUUGAUUAGCAGGAAAAUGUUGACAUGGUGAUUCAGAGGAAAUCACUAUUGCAUAUAAACGAGUGAGGGGUACACAAGACUCAAAUAGCGAGGAUUCCUUCUGAGCACUGGAUAAUAUAUAUAUAAAUAUAAUAUGAAUGUAAAGGAAUUGGGGCUGCAAAACGGCAUGUGCUGUACUUAUCUCGGACAGUUGGAUUACAGGGUGGCAUGCCAGGUGUAAAGCAUUAGAAUGGAGUUGGAAUUUAAUUUUUGAAAUUCGUUUGGCUUAUAAAUGGCAAAUAACCUAGCUUGCUGGAGCUGGAGAAGGAGGUAAUUGUGCCCCCUUUCUAAAGGAGGUCAUUGCACCUUCAGAUUUAGCCUGACUCACAGUCCCCCACUAGCCCAAUAUCUUGUGAGUCUGUCGUCUGUAUGUAAUGUGUAAAAGGGUAUAAGAGUAAUGUUUUAGCUGCACAAGUUUCCCUCCCACACAUACAUGGCCCUAAAUUUGAUUUAAUUAAAUGAGACAUGCUUAUGUGAUUUGCUCCCCGUGUUGUCCUUUCUAUUUUGCAUAUCUUUUAACAGGUUGGGGGAGAUGUGUACAUGCAAUUAAAAAUAAUGCAGAUUGCAUAGUUUAUUAUUGGAAGAGAAAGAGUUAGAGGAAACAGUGCAAUGAAUGAGAAGAUAGAGUUGCUCAUCACGCAAUGAGCAAAAGCUCUCACGCAAUGAGCAACAGCUCAUUGCGUGAGAGUAAAGCCCCUUAUAUGGAUAUAGUACCUUAACACAGUAUAUAUCCAUAUAUCAAUGCAUUGCAAUCAAAGUGUGGUUAUAAAUGCGUUUUGAUCAAUGCAUGAUAGUUUUUAUUACGUCAGGAACAACUUAUGAGGUUAUUUAUCCAGCACUCGAACAACCGCUCAAGCUGUCAUGUAUUGCUGCAGACUGCUGCUGCAGUAUUUUUACGAUGACAUCAUCCUAUCGCUGAUGAGAUACCUCGGGGGAGAGUUGGAUGAAAAUGCAAAGAAAGCAAAAUGCUGAGGAUAGCACAGACAUAGAAUUUACAUUAUAUUCAUCAAAGCAUUGUUAUGUUAUUUUUUCCCAUUGGUGUUUAUAAUAAAACAAUUUUAAUUAUGGGGGGCGAGGAAGAUAGCGUCUGAUUGGUCCUUGUAAGUGGAUACAGAAAAAGUAGCCAAUGAGCUUGGCCGGGCAGAUUCAGGUGGUAAAUCCUGUCUCUGACUGUAACAGGGAUGAGGGUUUUUACUCCGUAGUGUAGUGCAACCCUGGCCUUCCUCUCGGAGUCCCUGUGCCGCCAUUAAAGGAUAUCGGAUCGCCGUACACUAAUGUGGAUUAAAAUGACUUAAAACCUCUCAGACGGUCAACGUAGGGCUAGAGAGGGUAGAUAUUAUGUGUGGAUGUGUGCACUCCUGUCCACACGGAGCCCGGGAGCGGUAGAUAUGCAGCUCUCCACCAAGUAGCAGACGCUCGACUUCGGGACCGGGGGAGGUGGAGAAGCUGAGCCGCUGUUGUGGUUGAAGGCACGGCGGGGUGUAAACACGGGGAAGAGGAGCGUCCCGCCUGCCUGUGUGACCUCCCGCAGAGAGGACCAGCCGCGCUGAGAACCCCUCUGAGCGGCAGCAAGCCCCUUGCAGCGGCCGCCCGACGAUGACAGAGGUCGGCACUAAGUGGGCCUGCGACUACUGCACGUACGAGAACUGGCCCUCUGCGAUCAAGUGCACCAUGUGCCGCGCUCAGAGGCCCAGCUUGGGGCCCAUCAUCACGGAGGAGCCCUUCAAGAGCAGCCCCCCUCUGGAUGCCGUUCGGCAUCGGUGGGACCCCGCGUGCCACAGCAACAGCCCGCCGCAGGGAGGGGUUUCCAGCCUUCUAAUCUGCCCGGACUCCAGCGCCCGUCCCCGUGUGCGCAUCGCCGACGUCCCCGAGACGCUCCCCAGCAAGUGGUCGUGUCACAUGUGCACCUAUUUGAACUGGCCGCGGGCCAUCCGCUGCACCCAGUGCCUUUGCCAGAGGCAGCAGGGCCAGCAUCACAAGGGGCAUCGCGCGGGCCAGCCCCGUAGCCCCACGGAGCUGCCCCAGACCUCGGGCUCUGGCUACCGCUCUGCGCCCCCCACCACGCCCACAGACCCCUGCGAGGAGUACAACGACCGCAACCGACUCAACACCCGGGCACAGCACUGGACCUGCACCGCCUGCACUUACGAGAACUGGCCCAAGGCGCGCAAGUGCGUGGUGUGCGACCAUCCCUGGCCCAACAGCCUGCCGGCCGAGUCCAUCGAGCUGGCGUCGGAGCCGGAGGGCCAGCCGCCGCCCUCCAUCCUGAACGAGCGGGAGCGGGACAAUCGGAGGGGGGGCGUGGUGGGGACAGUGGGCGUAGUCGGCGGGACAGGGGGCUGCAGCAGCAGUCAGCGGAGGUCGCCACCCAGCCCAAAGCGGGAGUCGGAGGUGAAGAUGGACUUUCAGAGGAUCGAGGUGGCGUCGGGGGCCGGGAUCGGGAGCAAAGAGGAGCUGGAGAUGGACUUUAAAAAACUGAAGCAGAUUAAGAACCGGAUGAGAAGGACUGACUGGUUGUUCCUCAACGCGUGUGCAGGUGUGGUGGAGGGAGACCUGGCGGCGGUGGAAGCCUACAAAUCGUCUGGGGGCGAUAUCGCGCGGCAGCUGACGUCGGACGAGGUGCGACUGCUGAACCGGCCGUCGGCGUUCGACGACGGCUUCACCCUGGUGCACCUGGCCAUCCGCUUCCAGAGGCAGGACAUGCUGGCCGUGUUGCUGACUGAGGUGUCCCAGCAGGCGGCCAAGUGCAUCCCGGCCAUGGUGUGUCCCGAGCUGACGGAGCAGAUCCGCCGCGAAGUGGCCGCCUCGCUGCACCAGCGCAAAGGGGACUUCACCUGUUACUUCCUGACCGACCUUGUGACCUUCACCCUCCCAGCCGACAUCGAGGACUUGCCCCCCCCGGUUCAGGAGAAACUGUUUGACGAGGUCCUCGACCGAGACGUACAGAAAGAGCUGGAAGAGGAGUCCCCCAUCAUCAACUGGUCCCUGGAGCUGGGCACGCGGCUGGACAGCCGGCUGUACGCACUGUGGAACCGGACGGCCGGGGACUGCCUGCUGGACUCUGUGCUGCAGGCCACCUGGGGCAUCUACGACAAGGACUCGGUGCUGCGCAAGACGCUGCAUGACAGCCUGCACGACUGCUCGCACUGGUUCUACACGCGCUGGAAGGAGUGGGAGUCUUGGUACUCGCAGAGCUUCGGUCUGCACUUCUCCCUCCGGGAGGAGCAGUGGCAAGAGGACUGGGCCUUCAUCCUCUCGCUUGCCAGCCAGCCCGGGGCCAGCUUGGAGCAGACCCACAUUUUUGUUCUUGCGCACAUUCUUCGAAGGCCGAUCAUCGUCUACGGAGUGAAGUAUUACAAGAGUUUCCGCGGUGAAACACUCGGCUACACGCGCUUUCAAGGUGUGUACUUGCCCCUGCUGUGGGAGCAGAGCUUCUGCUGGAAGAGUCCCAUCGCGCUGGGCUACACGAGGGGGCACUUCUCGGCACUGGUGGCCAUGGAGAACGACGGCUUCGACAAUCGUGGCGCGGGCGCCAACCUCAACACGGACGACGACGUCACCGUGACGUUCCUGCCGCUUGUCGACAGCGAGAGGAAGCUGCUCCACAUUCACUUCCUCUCUGCACAGGAAAUGGGGAAUGAGGAGCAGCAGGAGAAGCUGCUACGGGAGUGGCUGGACUGCUGCGUGACAGAGGGCGGCGUCCUGGUGGCGCUGCAGAAGAGCUCCCGCCGCCGCAACCAUCCGCUGGUCACCCAAAUGGUGGAGAAGUGGCUGGACGGCUACCGGCAGAUCCGGCCCUGCGCCUCCCUGUCGGACGGGGAGGAGGAAGACGACGACGACGACGACGACGAGUGACACAGCCAACCCCGUCUCCCUUCCCCCUCUACUUUAUUUUUCGGAUUUUGAUUUUGUUUGCUAUUCCUUUCCUGACACGGAAAAACUGUGAAAAGCCUUCAGGAGAGGCAGGAGGCAGGGAUCCCCCCCCCUCCCCUCUCUUCCUCCCCCCACACCUACACAAACCCUCUCACCGUCCCCUCCUUCUGGAGGAUACUCACACACACACACACACACACACACACACACACACACACACACACACACACACACACACACACACACACACACACACACACACACACACACACACACACACACACACACACUCACUCUUGAUGUGCUAUCCGAGGGUUGAGGCUGGCAACAUGGCGUCACUGCUGCAAACCAACCCACCUGGACCUGCUGAUGACGAAGAAUAAAAGGGUCCCAGUUUACGAAUGUUGAACCAACGGUUCUGGUUUUCAGUUGUAUCAAAGAAAGGUCUUUAUUAAUAGAUGUUUAAUGCAUGCGGUUGUUUAAGAAUUACAGUUGUAAGGAUUUAUACCAGCAUCAAUUCAACUCAAAUACUUUAUAUAAGUUUGUAAUUGGCACUGACAAAAACAAGCACAUUUCCGGAUAACGUUCCUAUUUGGAUGUGUUUCCCCUGGUUAUGGAGUUGGUUGAUUUACCCUUCUUGUUUUUGGACGGGGAGCAAAGCAACAGCAUAUCGGUGGGUCAGAUGGCCUUUUGGAGAACGAUUGUGUUAUCAAAUACAUAAGACUUUAUUACCAAGCACUGCACAUUUAUUACUAAAAUAAUUUAUAUAUAACAGCUUGAAUCAAGGUCAUAUAUAUGAAGCUGUGGGAGAGGAGGUCGGUGCCUUCUCCAGUCCGAGCUACCUAGUCACUAAGGUUUAGUGCACACACAUACACCCACAUCGUUUGGGUUUUGAGUUGUAUUCAGUUUACCCUUCUGAAGUUGCUAAGGAAAGUUGAGUUGUGUGUUUGUGUGAUUUUUAUUUUUAUUUUGCUCCAAACUUACUCUUAUUUAUUGUGUGAAAUCCCUUUGGAGCUACUAAGAGUUUUGGAUUAAUGAACUUUUAUUUUGUCUGUUAUUCUUUGGAUCGCGAUGAAGACAUUUUAUGUUGCACAGAAACAUAGUAGCUGCAGUGAAGAAACAAGGAUGACCAUCGGUGAAAAGUUUACCUUAUUUUUCUGUGAGUAAUUCUUUCUUCUUUAGUACCUCAUUUUCAAUGUUUGAUUCUGGUGCUCUCUGCAGAAUUUGUGUGUGAGAAUGAGACAUUAUGUAUGUCAAGCAUCAAUCCGGAAAAACACUUUUGGCUCAUCACCACCUUCCCUGUUCUUAUGUGUUGCUUUCUAUCUCCACAUGUGGUCGAGUUCAUGUUCAUAACACAUGUGUUUGCUUUAUACACUGUCUAGUGUAUUUCUGUAAAACAAAACAAAAAAAAGGAAUUCUCAUCAAGGUCCCUGUUAAGACUGCAACCUAUAAAACCAAAGUUGGGAAAAAAAUACAUCCCAUGUGUUUGUCGUGAAUUAUGUUUUCAUCGUUUUAUUUUGUUUAUUCUUGCCAUGCUGUACUGUAUCUGUUUCAUUCUAGCCCUACACGUUCUGAGCAUCAACUCUAUGUUGCUUUGUAUUUAUGCAACAGUUGCAGCUGUGACUAUGAGGGUUUGUGGAUUUAGGCCUGACCUCACUACAGUGUAUUGCAAAGGAUAGGCAAAAAAGGUUCAAAUAUAAUAAAAGGAAAAACCUUUUUGAAAGUCCAUGUCUUCCCUGAUAUUUUCGAAGUGUUGUCUAUUGUUGGACUGAAAGUGGAACACAACCAUGACAAAAUGCUACGGUUAGUAUUAAAUUGUGCUGCCCAUUUGGUUCUAGCACAAUCUAGUGGCCAGUCUAAUCCACGACACCUACAAAAACAAGGGUAAAUUGAAGGUGAUCGCUUUUUUUUUUUGUGGCAUCUUACAUACGCAAAAGCCGUAGCGAAAUGUGUAAAGAGUAGGCUGUGGAAUCUGGCAACCCACGCCAGUCAGUCGCUUCCUUUUGGUUGCUGCUAGAACAAGCGGUGGCUUGG